GAAGAUCAAGAAGGGCAGAAAAGUGAUCUAUCCUUAUGCACAAAGAGUGAUACAUCUACCUAAUAUUACAAGCAACAUCAAAGUGAAAGGAACGUGAUAAGCUAAUGCCAACAUCCUAUACCCCAGGUUUAGUAGUUCAUUUAAACUCUUCUCAUCCCAAUGAGAGAAAUCUUUCGACUGCAGACAAGACCGUAUCUGCUGUCACUUCCCUUGAGACUCUAUACUCCAGAGGUGGUAUCAAAAACCUUGGUGUUGCCACCGCAUCAUGCCCAGGCAUUCCUGUUCCCUACGAUGACAAGAACAUCAGUAACAACAUUACUACCUCCGCUGCCAAAAAUCACGAGUUGGAUGAUCCACCCAGUAUUUCUCGAACCACGCCACUCCAUACCGUGUUAAGUUCCGUUAACCCAUCUCCUCCUCCGCGUGGCUUGAAGCUAGACAAAGCGGCUUGGCGCUGUGGGCUCUGUGGUUACUUGAUGUUGUCUCUAGAUCAGGAGGGUAAUCCCAUUCCCUUUACAUGCUCCGCCUUUGGCACACCAUUGCCUUUGGGUUGCCCAAGCUGCUCUCAGACGCACAUCAACUGGGAGAGCGCAAACCCUUUUGAUGCUCUUGGUGCUCAUAUUAACUUGCGUAAUGCUCAUCGUCUUAAAGUUGGGACAGAGGGCCUAUCACAGCUUCCAUCAUCUAUCACUUGUGUUACCUCUCCACCAGACAGAGCUUCCCGUGAGGCCACUGAUCCUACUGACUCCCCUAGUGAAAUUGGCAGGGUCGCACCAAGGACGCAAGUCAGUCCUGUGGCAACUGCUUUACACGCCACUUUUCGCAGUAAGAGCAUGAAUGUAAGCCAAAUGCAGUGCUAUUACUGUGGACGAUGCCAUCGGCGCCUGCUGCGGGUCGAUGCAUGGGGCGAGUUGGUGCCGAUGAAUUGCGAUGCGGACGGCAACGUUCUUCCAAUUUUAUGUCCUGGAUGUGGCAUGUUGCAUAGUGAGUGGACAAUAGGACCUUUCCGAUGAUGAUUCAUUUCGUGAAGAGUAGAUAAAAACUAUAACAGAGUUACCAAGGGCAUCGCUGGGACACUAAACAUUGUUUUUUACCUCUUCGAAGUUAAAUAUUUUAUUGAAAUGACUAACCGAUUGGAUAUGUAUCUAUAUUACAGAGAGAGGAGAAUAGAUGCAUGUAUGUGAAUAAUUGACCAUUUAUAGUAUCCUCUAUAUCUCUAGCAAUUUGUAGAUUAAAUAGUGCGGUUUUCGAUCUGUUCUUCUCAAAAUAUUUGUUGACAUAUGCUAUGGCUUCAUGUGCCUUGAGCGUGAAUAUGGAGGGGGAGGGGGGGGCUGCACAUCAGUAUCUCUCAUCUCAUAUUCGCCUUAUGUGCGCAUCUCAUGCAGAAAAA